ACUCAUUAUUAUUCAACUUCAUCACAUAAACAUAUAAUUCAUAACUUUCCUUUAACAUAAUAAGAGCAAUCUAAUUAAGCUAAGAAAAAUGUCGAAAGCGGGAUUCGAACAUGAGAUCACUGAGCUAAGGCUAGGGCUUCCUGGUGGAACUAGGGUUUCAUGUGACAAACAAGGGGAGGUCAAAAGUAAUGAGAAGAAGAGGGUGUAUUCCGAGCUAGGUGGUGGUCGGACCGAGAAAGUGGCGGUGGCAAGUAAUAAAAGCCCGGCAGUCGGGUGGCCGCCCGUGUGCUCCUAUAGGAGGAGGAGCAUUGGUAGUGAGAAGGAAUGCCAAGAGGCUUCUAAGAGGUUGAUCAAGAUUAGCAUGGAUGGUGUACCUUUUCUUAGGAAAAUUGAUGUUAAUUGUUAUCAACAGUAUUCUGAUCUUGUUGCUGCUGUUGAAAAUCUCUUUAGCUGCUCUGGCAUUAAAGAGGCAUUGGAAGAUGCAGACAAUUCUGAGUACAUUCCUAUUUAUGAAGACAAAGAUGGAGAUUGGCUGCUUGUUGGGGAUGUCCCAUGGAAUAUGUUUGUAGAAUCAUGCAAGAGGCUGAGGAUAAUGAAAAGAGCAGACGCAAAGGGCUUUGGUUUGCAAUCUAAGAAGCAUUGCCAUGGAUGAAAUUGCUACUUUUGAACGACGAAAAUCAAAGAAAUUAAGAAAAACCUACGAAAAUUAUUGUAGACUUUAUUAUUAUUAUUAUGAAUUAUUACUAAAAAAUAUAUACAUAUUAGAUGCCUUAUAUAGAAAAAAAUUCUUGAUACAUGGCUGUUUUUGUUAUAACAUAAUUACUUUGUGUUUAUUUAUUUUUUAGCUAGCAAUUCAUUUACGAAGUACUAGCUAGAUAUCUAUAUGUUUCUUUAUUCAUUAUGAUGAAAAUGUUAAUUUACAACCCAUUUAGAAAAAU